AUGAAUGUAGACGAAUGCUUACCAUCUUCCCCAUGUCAUUCCAAUGCAACGUGCAAUAACACAGACGGAUCUUAUACUUGCACCUGUAAUUCUGGAUAUACCGGAGAUGGAUUCAACUGCACGGAUGGAUCUUAUAUUUGCACGUGUAACUCUGGAUAUACUGGAGAUGGAUUUAACUGCACGGGUAAGAAAAAGCAAAUAACAUUUAUGCCAAUUGAUGUAGACGAAUGCUUACCAUCUUCCCCAUGUCAUUCCAAUGCAACGUGCAAUAACACAGACGGAUCUUAUACUUGCACCUGUAAUUCUGGAUAUACCGGAGAUGGAUUCAACUGCACGGAUGGAUCUUAUAUUUGCACGUGUAACUCUGGAUAUACUGGAGAUGGAUUUAACUGCACGGAUGUAGACGAAUGCUUACCAUCUUCCCCAUGUCAUUCCAAUGCAACGUGCAAUAACACAGACGGAUCUUAUACUUGCACCUGUAAUUCUGGAUAUACCGGAGAUGGAUUCAACUGCACGGAUGUAGACGAAUGCUUACCAUCUUCCCCAUGUCAUUCCAAUGCAACGUGCAAUAACACAGACGGAUCUUAUACUUGCACCUGUAAUUCUGGAUAUACCGGAGAUGGAUUCAACUGCACGGAUGGAUCUUAUAUUUGCACGUGUAACUCUGGAUAUACUGGAGAUGGAUUUAACUGCACGGGUAAGAAAAAGCAAAUAACAUUUAUGCCAAUUGAUGUAGAUGAAUGCUUACCAUCUUCCCCAUGUCAUUCCAAUGCAACGUGCAAUAACACAGACGGAUCUUAUACUUGCACCUGUAAUUCUGGAUAUACCGGAGAUGGAUUCAACUGCACGGAUGGAUCUUAUAUUUGCACGUGUAACUCUGGAUAUACUGGAGAUGGAUUUAACUGCACGGGUAAGAAAAAGCAAAUAACAUUUAUGCCAAUUGAUGUAGACGAAUGCUUACCAUCUUCCCCAUGUCAUUCCAAUGCAACGUGCAAUAACACAGACGGAUCUUAUACUUGCACCUGUAAUUCUGGAUAUACCGGAGAUGGAUUCAACUGCACGGAUGGAUCUUAUAUUUGCACGUGUAACUCUGGAUAUACUGGAGAUGGAUUUAACUGCACGGGUAAGAAAAAGCAAAUAACAUUUAUGCCAAUUGAUGUAGAUGAAUGCUUACCAUCUUCCCCAUGUCAUUCCAAUGCAACGUGCAAUAACACAGACGGAUCUUAUACUUGCACCUGUAAUUCUGGAUAUACCGGAGAUGGAUUCAACUGCACGGAUGGAUCUUAUAUUUGCACGUGUAACUCUGGAUAUACUGGAGAUGGAUUUAACUGCACGGAUUUCGACGAAUGCCUAACAUCUUCCCCAUGUCAUUCCAAUGCUACGUGCAAUAACACAGACGGAUCUUAUACUUGCACCUGUAAUUCUGGAUAUAGCGGAGAUGGAUUCAAUUGCACGGGUAAGACAACUCAAAUAAUAUUUCCGUUAAGUGUUGAAUGA